CAUUUGCAAUUUUCAUGAUAUUGUCAAAAUUUACCAACAAAGCAGGAUUUGUUUAUAAAUAUUAGUAUUAAAAACAUAUUCUAAAUGGAAGACGAUGAUUAUUGGAACACAAGUGAAACCAAAGCUAAAGCAUUUAGUUUCGACGAUGACGUACUCUCCACUCAAGAGAUAUUGGCUAUUGGUCAGAAGUCGUACCCGGGUCAGAGUGAGGAGAGCAUCUUCAGUAAUGUCAGCAUCACCACUGUCAAGUCUGCUGCCGUACCACUCAACAGUUUAGUGUCCUCGAAAGUCCUGGAGCUCAUCCUUCUCGCCCAGUCUGGUAGAUCGCCUUCGAGGGAAUCAAAGCAGGAGCCAGAGGAGACAGUAGCCAUGACCCUGAAGAGGCUGAUGCUUGGCCGGAGCUGUUCCCUGCAUGUGCAUCGCAGUAUGAAGAGCAAGACUGAAUUGUUGGACGGAGCUCUAGCGAUAGGCGAUGGGAAUGCUGUACUCACAGUAGUCCUCUUCCUAAUUCAGACUCUCAACAAGAAGUUGGUUUACGAGCUGCUCUCGUCACGGCCUGUUGCCCUCAACCAUUACAUCGCCUUCCUCCAAAACGAGGGCAAGAUCACUGAACUGGCUGAUUUACUGACAAUGUUGGGAAGGAGUCCAGAGGCGGCUAUGUACCAGUUUCAACACGCAGUGAAGACUCAAGGCAGCCUCGACGCUCUGCUCAGAAAGCUGACGAACCUCCUAGCGAAUCACUUUGAACAGCCAGGAGUUGAUCAGCAUCAAGCGAAGAUGAUCGCUGAUUAUAUUAAGCUGUUAGAAUGGCAGAAGCACAUAAACAAGCCGGAUCUGAAGUACAGGUCCGUGCUGGAGUGGCUCGCGUACAACUGCACGCAACACUGGCACGAGGGCGCCGGAAACGCCAUGUCGCCGCUCACGCUUUGUCAGAGGCAUCAGAUCAGUCCACUACAAUAUGACUGGGUGGUGCUCAAUGUUCACGCUAAGAGCGGCAAAUGGGAUAUCGUUGAAUCUCUCUUUACUAAAAAAGACUGGCUAGGCCGUACAACAGUGUCAUCUCACAUACCAAUAGAAACUCUCUUGGCACGUUUGAGCGAGUUGCAAGCAAGCAAGCGACUCUUAGCGACGUGCGUCAACAAAAUAGCGGGCAACGAUGAUAGAUUGCGGCUGGCGCAUAUGUAUAAGAUACAUUCCGUGGUGAUAGAAACUCUAGCCAAGCAGAAGGACCGGACGGCCCUCACCAACUACAAGAUGACUCUCAAUCCUCAAUCUGAGGAGUACAUCCUAGCAGAGAACACACUAAGAGAUGCUUCCAUUAAAUGGAAGAAUUGAUGAAAACAAGAAAUAUGUGAUCGAAAUGACGUAAUUUCUCAAGGACAAGAAAAUAUUACAAAUAUAAUAAAUCAAUAAUAUGUAAA